UCUAUCCGAACUCGGGGCCUCGAUUGCGCCCAAUCGCGGCUGCGCAGCAGAACCGACAGACAGCGAGAGUAAGCGUCGGCCCAGCGACCGGCGGCCAUGCUUCGGAAUUCCGUCGCUGUCCUUCUCUCGUCCUCGCUGAUGCUGCCUCGACGCACCACCCAAUUUAUGUGAUCGACUGCGGAAUCUGAUGUAGCAGAGGCGCCGAGCACAUUGCUCUGGAUCGAAGAAUGUGGAUUCGCUGACGGUUCCGUCGAAGUGUUACUCGGGGCUGCAGGAGUGGCCUGAGCUCAGCCCUGCUCAGCUCGUGCCAGCUCGCUCUUGGCUUCAAGCCAUGGCUGCGUCGAAUGUAGUAAUUCAGCCCGGAGCAUCGGCCCUGACACGGCAUCGCGACGUCCCGGUCUUGCGCAAGCUGGAGACCGCGAGUGUGCAGAUUCAAUGUCGAAGAUUCGAGAGGCUUUCUGCAACAAACUCGCGUCCAUUUUCUGGCGCCCGAGUGCUGAUUGGCACGAGGAGGAGGAGCUCACGGGACAGGGCAGCACAGUCGAAAAAUCCUGCGAAUUCGAUCGCCGUAUCAGCCUCAUCCUCUUCUUCUGUAGAAUUUCCAAAUGAUUACGACGAAUUAAUGGAGCAGGUGAAGACAGCCACAAAAUCUGCUCUGAAGGACUCGAAAUUGCUGAUGGAGAUUGAGUUUCCGACAGGCGGGCUUGAUAGUGUUCCAGGUGAUGUGGAAGGAGGAAUUGAGAUGAGCACAAGUAUGUUGCUAGUUCGUGAGUUCUGUCGAGUCUUCAGUGAUGGAGAUAGAGCCGGUCGCACUCGAAUCUUCUUUCCUGACGUGAAUGAGGUCGAAUCCGCAAGGGAAAAUAUCUUCGCUGGCACCUCUUUCAAGCUGGACUACCUGACUAAACCGUCAGGGCUGAAUGACAUCGGCCUGGGAAAGAAAGAGAAGAUGGCUGAUCACGUGCAGGCAGCUGAUGAAGUCUUCGUUUGUGCCUACCCUUACUUUAACGUUAAUGAGAUGAUAGCUGUGGAGGAGCUGUACAGAGAAUCUGCUCAAGCGACGCGACGCCCACUCAUUGUCUUCAACGGCGAGCUGGACAGAAUAAGAAGUGGUUACUAUCCGUCGUUCUUCUAUCCGAAACUGGGAUCUCUUGCGAAGAACUUUCUUCCCAAGUUCGAAACUGUAUAUUACAUUCACAACUUCAAGGGCCAGUCUGGGGGAGUGCUUUUCAGGGCGUAUCCGGGGCCUUGGCAAGUUCUGAGGAGGGUGGAUUUCAAGUAUAUUUGUUUACAUGAGCAGCCAACCAUGCCGACUCUGAAAGAAGUCGCCCUCAAUAUCUUACCGGCAUACCGUUGAUCGAUGCUCUCCGGAGAAUAUAGGCAAGCAUCAUGAGAACCAUCCAUAUCGUGUAAUGCAGGCCAUUGAAAGCGCAUGGUGCUGUAAAGUAGUCAACUCCCGAUCUUUCUACUUUUUCGCGAACUUUCUAAAUUUCCAAGGCUGUCAUCUACUCACCGGUUUGGAAGAAUCAUGAUACUAUGAAUUUAAAUUUCUUCAAGCAAACUAGUUUGCGUAAGAGGCAGCUUUGACUGUAUAGUUGAACCAGUUUUAGCCGGUUUGUGAGGAUUUUGUAGAGUUGAAGUUUACUUUCACAACUUUCCCUGAAUUGGAGCUAGAAUAUAAAUGGUGUUGUACCAUGUGUGCACACCAGGCAGUUGGGUCUGAUAUUCACAGGGGUUUCCAAGACAAAAAUUGUAUCAGUUUUGAAGAAGAAAGAAAAUUCUAAGUU